GAUGCUUAUGUCACUGACCAAACUGAAGCGCACAUAGCCCCACAGACAAACCCGUCGACUCACACCCGCUCUUUGCCACAGUCUUUGUCAUUCACUAUACUGCCAGGACUUUGCUCUCUUCAACAGCGGCACAAACUCACACAGAGACCCACAACAAACUCAAGCCACCAGCUAUUCGCAGCACGGGCGCCUGGGAUUGUUGUCCUCAACAUGGACAACAAGUCUGAUGUGAAGGCCAUCAUGGCUCGCUUCCAAGCGAGCGGGUCAAGUACAGACGAGACUUCCUCUACACCUGGUGGUCGCCCAAAACCAGCCCUGCAACCCACCCUCUCUGGCCCAGCCAUACACAAGAAACCUGUCUUGGAGAGCCUCUCGAGCGGUGGUCCUGUAAAACCAAGCUUCCUGAAAAACACAGCAUCCAAUAAAAGUGACACAGACUCACAUGAACCCAACAAAGCGAAAGCCCUGGCUAACAGGUUCGCCAACAUGCAUGAUGACACCAACACCACCAACAAACCUUCCAUUGUUAAUAAGCAGCUACCCCUGAAGUCGCCCAUUUCGCAUUCCAGUGAAACUAAAUUCCCUGCACAGAAGCCUCCUCUCCACAAACCCGCCCUCAACUCCACCAUGUCUGAAUCCAAAAUUGGCUUUCCUAAACCUUCUCCGGCGGUCACCUCCAAGCCCAGCUGGGUAAAAGAAGACAGUGGUGGGGGCACAGCAUCUAACACCAGCCACACGCCACCAAAAAAACCAAAUUUGCAAACAAAACCGAGCAGCAGCAUCGGAAAACUACGGCAGCAUAAUGAAGAAGGAGUGUCGACAGGGGCGAACACAGACACUGUGAACAAACCUUCAACUCUGCCAAACUCUGCUUUUAAGGCCCCCUCCAACUUCAGGAGUGCUCAGAAUAUGUUCAAGGAGAAGGACAAGACCGAGCAGACGGACAAUGAUGGGGAUAACAAACCGCCCCUAAGUGUUACCAACUCCGCUCCUCCUCCCAAACCUCCAGCCAAUAAAAAACCUAGCAUAAAGAAGCCAUCAAAGCCCACUCCUCUGGCCAGCAGUGUUAACGGUGUUGCUACUCCGGGCCCAAAACGUAACCCCCUCCCCAACAGUUUAGCUUUGGGUCCUGCUCCUGCCAAACCGAACCGACCUCCCAAAGUGAACCUGGAGAACUUUAAAAGAUCUGCUGAGGCCUCUGGUGACGGCCCAGGUUUCAAGAAGCCCAACACACCAACUCCCCUGUCCUCACAUCUCAGCAACCACAGCAACCACACAACCCCACCUCAACCCCCACCUACUGCGCUGCCCAGUCUGCCUCCACGGCACCCUGGAACCAUGAACCAGCAAGAAGAGGUUUAUGAUGAUGUUGAUGACUUCAACAGCGCCCCUCCGCCACUACCACCAUCUGCAGGCCACCCAAGUCAGAGGGGAAAGGAGGAAAAUGAGGACGAUGAAGACGGAGAGAUGUACGAGGAUCUUGAUGAACGAUGGGACAUAAAUGAUCAAAAGCAAGAGAAGAAGAAAGAGAAAGAUGAGAAGGAGGAGAAAAAGCGACUGGAGGCUGAGAAGAAGGAGCAGAAGGAACGUGAGAAGAAGGAACAAGAUGCCAGAAAGAAAUUCAAACUGACCGGCCCCCUGGAGGUCAUUCACCAAGGAAAGGCCCGUUCAGACUGCAAAGGCACUAAGACUGACCUUGCUCUGAAGCAGGGAGACAGCCUGGACAUCAUCCGUGUCCAGGGAAACCCAGAGGGGAAAUGGUUGGGAAGGACGCAAGAUGGCUCAAUUGGCUAUGUGAAGACCACAACAGUAGAAAUUGACUUUAACACGCUGAAGUCUCGUCAGGCUCAGCCGGCAUAUGAGCCUGAGGUCUACGAUGACAUCGAUGUGGCACCUUCAGAUAACAGUGGCAACAAAGGACCAGGAGUUGUCCUACCCCCGCUACCAGGAGACGGAGGAGAAAUAUAUGAUGAUGUCGUCGAUCCAAACCUGGAAGUCAGUCCAGGUCAGGCCAGGUCUUCUUCUAUGAAGCCCCGUAACUUCCUGCGGAUUUUUGAGCGAAACAGACGUCCUGCCAGCACUAAAGAAGUGCCUCCGCCCAGCCAGUUCACAGCAGAUGGAAAUUCAGAUCAUCCAGGAGCAGUCGACGAGGAGAUAUACGACGACGUCGACUCUCAAAGCGCGCCUCCCCUUCCACCACUGAGCAGCCUGCCGGUCAUGAAGGGCAAAGGCAACGAAAUGGACCCAAAGAAGCAGAAGAAGUUUGAGAAAGAGGAGAAGGAAUUCAGGAAAAAGUUUAAAUAUGAGGGAGAGAUACAGGUGCUAUACCAAGUGACCAUCGUCCCCACACUUACCAAUAAGAAGUGGAGCGGGAAGGAGCUGGCGAUAAAAGCGGGGGAGAAACUGGACGUCAUCGUUAAACCGGUGGAUAACAAAUUGGUUUGUCGGAAUGAUGACGGCAAGUUUGGUUACGUGUCGACCGCCCACAUUGUUUCAGACGAUGGAGAUAUCUAUGAUGACAUUGGAGAUGACUGCAUCUACGACAACGACUGAGAAACGACCUGCAUGGGCCUGACUGUCUUACACCGAUAUUGCUAAUUUUCUUGUUUUGUUAUUUAUUGUGUUUAUUGGUAGAGUAGACUGGGAGCUGCCUGUUGUUAGCCUGAUAAUCAGACUGAAUUGCCAUUUUCACCUCGUUAUUUAUUAAUAUCUGAUUUGGAUGUGUGGGUGGCAAUUUGAAUAUGUGGAAGGAAGGCUAGUUUAAGUCAUUUUUGAACAACGUGGUACUGUUUUCUUUCUCAAAACAGAAGCAAAGCCAGUCUAUUUAAAGGUAGGUGCGUUGCUUGCAGCACAUCGGCAAAGUGGGAAACAUCUAUUGGAACAGCAGUAUUUGAAUAUUUCUGUUUAUGUUCUUCAUUUUCUUUUCCUCUUUUGCUCUGUCUUUAUUUAAAUAUGUACCCUCCUAUGUUGUAGCAAGAUCGCAAGAAUGGCUUCAGUUAUUAAAUUAAUAAACUGCAAUUUUGUUUUGGAUUGAUGUCUGCAAUAUAAUAUUGUAUGUACAUUUUAUUUCAACCAGCUGAAAUUGUAACUGCUUGUAAGGUGUGUUUCGAGGUGUAGUAAGUAGUAAGUAGUAAGUGUUCAGCAGCUGUUUCAGUGCCAAAAUGCUUUUCACAAAUUGUUUAUACUACUAUGGAAUGCAUUUUCUCUAUAUGUCAUUUUUGUUUGUCCUGUUGUUAAAGCAAACUGAUAGCUACCAUAAAGAGAAUAAAGACACUGCUCCAGUU